UGCCUCUGCCAAAGGAAACUGAAUACUGAAGCUAGCUUUCUAACCCCCCCACAAGGCUAAAUUUCCUUAAUUUCCUCUCAACUUUUUGCCUCUAUUCCCUCCACAUCUUCCUCUCAAACGAUGUCACCCGAUGACACACCACCUGCGAAGCCCGAAACAACAACAACAAAAGACCACGAGAACCAAGUUUCCGGUGGCCGGAAAACCGCCUCCACAAGGCCUCAAGAGCAAGGUAUGAAGUGCCCGCGAUGUGACUCACCCAACACAAAAUUCUGCUACUACAACAACUACAGCCUCACGCAGCCAAGGCAUUUCUGCAAAACGUGUAGAAGAUACUGGACAAAAGGUGGAGCUUUGCGUAACGUUCCAAUAGGUGGUGGUUGCAGGAAGAACAAGAAGGUGAAAUCAUCGAGGCUCUCAUGUGACUCCAAGGACUCUGCUUCCUCUUCAGAGCUUGGUAGCCUCAAGUUCCUUCAUGGUCUUUCACCUUCUGUGGACUUUCAGCUUGGUGCGUUACCGUUACCGUUACCGUUACAGUUCCCUAGGUUGCAUCAUCACCCUCCUAACACUUCCAUCUAUAACCAGUUCUCUUCUUUUGGAGACACUACUUCUGCUUCUGUCACAAGUGCUUCCUGUUUCAACCUUGACCCUUCUUCUGGUACCUCAAAUUCUUUGCUUGGUCUGAAUUACCCGUUUUCUUCAACUGGAAGCGAUUAUAACGGUGCAAUCCAGGGAAUGAACUCCAUGAACAUUCACAGUAGCAUCGCUUCUUCAAUUGAGUCUUUGAGUUCUAUAAACCAGGAUUUACACUGGAAGCUACAGCAACAGCGAUUAGCGACGCUUUUUGGUGGAGAUAACCAGAAAGAUAGUAGCGUUUCACAGGAUAACCCUGAGAAUCAUCAGACCCAGAAACCGCAACCCAUUUUGUUUCAGAGCCUUGAGCUUUCAAAGCCAGGGAUUUUCCCAGUUGAUAAUUCAAGAAAAGAAGGUUCAGGCGGGGAUGCACAUACACACACUGAAUGGUUCUUUGGGAACUCUUAUGCAUCGGUGACUCCUACACCAACUACAAGUAGUGGUGGUCCUGGCCAUGAUAAUGGAACCAACAACUGGAAUAGUGGUGUCAAUGCUUGGAGUGAUGUUCAGCCGCAGCAGCAGCAAUACAGUGUUUUGCCCUAGCUAGAUGAGAAAAAAGAGGGAGGAUAAAGAGGACUAAGAGGUAUUAUACCUUUUUCUUUUUUCAAAAGAAAAAAAAAAAAAAAAAAAACUUUGGAAUAGGGCAUAUCUGAUAGUUGUCUUAAACUCCUUUAGGUAUAUGUUAAUUAUGUCUUGUUCUUUUACGUUGGGUUCAAAGGAACAUAUAUGUAACAGAUUGGAAAAUUAAGACCAUAACGUUUUGUCAUAAAA